GCUCAACUAAAAGAUUUCGAGUUGAAAGGACGUCUAGGAGGUGGAUCAUAUGGAAUUGUACUUCUGGUCAAGCACACGAAAACCAAAAUAUUGCAUGCUUUGAAGAUUCAACUUCCCGAUAAGGCUAUUUAUUUUUAUUACGACUCUUAUGAAGAAAAUAUUUUGUCUGCAGUUAAUUUUCCGUUUGUAGUUAAUCUAAACUACGUAAUACAUGAACAUAAAAUAUUUGGUUUAGCUUUAGAAUAUGUCGAUGGUGGUGAUCUUCUUAAGCACCUCUUCCGAGUUGGAAAAUUUAGCAAUAUUCAAUCAAAAUUUAUUGCAAGUCAAUUGGUAUUAGCUUUAGAACAUCUUCAUCACCUCAAAAUUGUUCACAGAGACAUCAAGCCAGAAAAUAUACUCAUGGAUAUGAAAGGUUAUACCAAACUUUCAGACUUUGGUUUUGCAAAACUGGUGAACGGUCGCACAUAUACUUGGUGUGGUACGCCAAACUAUAUCGCACCUGAAAUCAUUAAAAUGAAAGGUUAUAACAAUUCUGUAGACUGGUGGUCAUUUGGAAUUCUGCUCUAUGAGUUAAUUUCUGGCAAUCCACCGUUCGAUGAUGACGACCAUUCCAGAAUUUAUUCCAAAGUUUUAGCUGGUCAGGUACGUUUUUUUCACUUGAAAAUAUUUUGUAAAUAUCGAUUAUUAAUUGUCAUUAUCAAUUACCAUUAUUAA